GAGGCAGAGGCAGCCGUAGCAAGCCGCGCUCCGAUAUUUCCUUUCUCCCAUCCUCCCGUCGCUUUGACUGUAAUUUUAGAUUGAGAUCCAGCUUAAAUUCAGGGGGGGAAACACUUUGUCAGGCUGAAAAGCUGUAUAGCUGCAACAGCCAAGGUUAUGGGCUAUCAAAUGCAAUUACAUUAAAACAGAUUAUACUGUGCAAAUUGAGCCAUUUAGAAGGUGAGAACCAAAGAAGCCGCUCUGAUCUUCCCUCCCUGUUUUUUUUUCCCCCCACCUCUCUCUCUCUCUCUCUCCCCUAAAUUGCAGUUUUAGUUCCUUGCAAUUCCGAGGUACAAAAGUAGGUGAGACUGCUUUUGUAUCUGCAAAGUGCUUCAUUUCUGAAGGUAAUUCUAAGCGAGUGCAAUCUAGGUUAAAAGCUGGACAACUGGAUAAUUAGAGCUCCCUCGCUGCUAAAGGACAAUCAGCUGAGCCCCAGUGUCUGCUCUAGGCUCCCACACAGACUAGUCCCAAUCUUUUCUCCUCUGAGCGGAGGCUAUUGGAGACGGCGCAUCUGCACCCAGGCUUCCUGGGAACCCUGAGAUGAUGGUGCUGGACAAGGAGGACGGUAGGUGUGCCAAUGUUAUCGGUGCAACCAAAAGGAAAGCAGAAGGGCUGCGCUGGCUGCAAUCGUAAGAUCAAGGACCGCUACCUUCUGAAGGCCUUGGAUAAAUACUGGCAUGAAGAUUGCUUAAAGUGUGCCUGCUGCGACUGUCGCCUGGGAGAGGUUGGAUCAACACUUUACACAAAAGCAAAUCUCAUUCUCUGCCGCAGAGAUUACCUGAGGCUCUUUGGGACCACUGGGAAUUGUGCUGCCUGCAGUAAGCUGAUCCCUGCCUUUGAGAUGGUGAUGAGGGCCCGAGAUAACGUUUACCAUUUGGACUGCUUUGCCUGCCAGCUUUGCAACCAGAGAUUUUGCGUGGGAGACAAGUUUUUCCUGAAGAACAACAUGAUCUUGUGUCAGAUGGACUAUGAGGAGGGGCAACUGAACGGAAGCUUUGAGCCCCAAGUUCAAUAGCAAAUCCAGUUUGGCUGAAACACUGUGGAAUGGACGUUCAGCCACAACUAGCAGUGAAGGGCGUCUCUCAGCUUGCCUGCAAUAUUUUUUUAAUCCUUGGUCCCCAAAGGACGAUCUACAUUGUAGUAUUUCUUCACACACACACACACACACACACACACACACACGCAUAAAUAACACACAGCAGUUACAAUUUUAGAUGUACAGUUGUGCCUGCUUAGCUGAGCACUGCAUUUGCCUGUAUGUUUGUGAGUUGGGAGGGGGGAAAUUGGGGGAAAGCUCUGUACAGUCUGUUUUUCUGUAUAUAAACUGGAACAUUUAUUUUAUGAAAAAUGUAAUGCAAUUUUAUUACAGGUGUGAAUUAAAAAUUAUGAAUGUU